CGUGUUAGUGUCUGGUGAAACACCCGUGGUUGGUCUCUAUCGCUCUCCAGGUGUUUUUCUCUCCUGGUGCAGCGCUUGGUGCAAAGGCUGUAACUCUCAGAAGAGGUGACAUGAGAAUUAGCUGUUGAAGUCGUCAUGUGAGCUGAGAAGACACAUUAAUAGGAAGUUGGGGGCGCAGGAGGAAAGGAGAAGCGAUGUCACAAGAUGGAAAGGCUUCUUAUUGUGACACACGGACUUGGCAGAUGUUGCCGCGACUGACGUAGGACCCAAGUCGCUUGGGCUGAGGAUGAGCAAACCGACCGAGCUGCAGCACGACCUGGAACGAAGCCUCCCAGCCAUAGCGUCCAUCAGCACCUCGUUCUCCCAGAGCCAGGGCUUCUCCCCGUAUUGCUACUUCUCUCCCGAGAAGAGGAAAGCCAUCUCAGAUGUGAGGAGGACCUUCUGCCUCUUUGUCACCUUCGACCUGCUCUUCAUCUCUUUAUUGUGGAUAAUCGAGUUGAAUACCAAGGAUGGCAUUCAGAAGAACUUGGAGAAUGAAAUCAUCAAGUACAAAUUUAAGGCUUCUUUCUUUGAUAUAUUUGUCUUGGCUUUCUUUCGUUUUUUUGUGUUGCUGCUGGCCUACGCAAUCGUAAAGCUGCGCCACUGGUGGGUCAUAGCGGUCACUACGUUGGUAUCCAGUGCCUUCCUGAUUGUGAAGGUCAUCCUCUCCGAGCUUCUGACCAAAGGGGCUUUCGGCUAUUUACUUCCUAUCGUCUCGUUUGUCAUUGCUUGGCUAGAGACUUGGUUCCUGGAUUUUAAAGUCCUAACUCAGGAAGCAGAAGAGGAACGAUGGUACCUGGCAGCCGAGGCUGCAGCCUCCCGUGGCCCCCUGCUCUACCCCCGAGCCCUUUCCGAGGGACAGUUCUACUCCCCACCGGAGUCCUUCGCAGGGUCGGACAACGAGUCGGAUGAGGAAGGCGCAGGGAGGAAGGUGUUGACAGCUCAGGAGAAAGAGUAUGUCCGACAAGGCAAAGACGCGAUGGAGGUUGUGGACCAAAUCCUCGCCCAGGAAGAGAACUGGAAGUUCGAGAAAAACAAUGACUUUGGUGACGUUGUUUACACUUUUGAAAUACCUUUCCAUGGCAAGACCUUUAUCUUAAAGGCUUUCCUGCAGUGCUCUGCUGAAACGGUUUACCAGGAGGUUAUUCUCCAGCCUGAGAAGAUGAUCCUGUGGAACAGAACAGUGGCAGCUUGCCAGAUUUUGCAGCGGGUUGAAGACAACACGAUCGUCUCGUACGACGUGGCAGCUGGGGCUGCAGGCGGUGUUGUUUCCCCAAGGGAUUUCGUGAACGUGCGCCGGAUCGAGAGAAGAAGAGACAGGUACAUUUCCUCAGGGAUGUCAACCACGCACAGCCUGAAGCCUCCGCUCUCCAAGUAUGUCAGGGGUGAGAAUGGACCGGGAGGAUUCAUCGUCCUGAAAUGUCCCAGCAACCCCAGGGUCUGCACGUUCAUCUGGAUUCUCAACACGGACUUGAAGGGUCACCUGCCCCGGUACCUGAUCCACCAGAGCCUGGCUGCCACCAUGUUCGAGUUCGCCUUCCACCUCCGGCAGCGGGUGGGCGAGCUCUGCGGCAAGCCGUGAGCAGCGGGGACCUGCCCUCGACGGACAUUCCUCUGCGGCCAGGGGUGGGGGGUGACACAGCCAGGAGAGGACCCUGUGACCCCCCCUACCCCACCCCCCAGGGAUGGGGCCGUGUACUUACAGUGCUGACAUGAGGCCGGGGGGUGCUCAGCUCCUCCUGCCCCCGUUCCCCCUAACCGGGGCCCUGAAACCACUGAUCGUUGCGUGCCAAACCUCUGCCCUGCCCUCCUCUGGGUCUGACACCGCGCCCCCCCCCCCCCCCCCCCCCCAUCCCCUCCCGCCGGGGUUUUGGUGACCCCCAGACUCCUGCGCUUGUGCCUCAGUUCCGUGAGGAAGAGGAGCAGAGGAGGAAGCCUCGUUAGGGUGAGAACGGGGGGUCCGUGCCCCGUGCCAGGCUCUGCCCCUCUGCAUGUGGGGGCAGAGGUGCAGCUCGUGCCACCUCCCCCCCCCCUUGCCCAGCUCUCUGGGGGGGGGCUGUGCAGGGGACCCCUCCUCGCUGUUCCUGGGGCUGCCCGGGCCCCUCCUCGGGGCUCGGCUGAGCUCAUCCCCCCCUGCACCCCCUACCCCCCCAUCCUACCCGCAGCUCCUGGCGGAGGCAGAGUGUGAUUUGCCUUAAGCAGAGACUUUGAUCCUUUUUGGGGGGUGCGGGAGGGGGCGGAUGCGGGGGCGACUGCGGUUGCUUUCUACCUGCGAGUGCCGGUGCCGUGUUCUGGGCUAUAAAUGGCAACAGCGCGAAGCCGCCCGCACGCGGGGGCACACGCUGGCAGCACUGCGGCAAGGGGGGGGGGGGGCACCCAGCCUGGGCCCCAGGGGGCUCUCUGCCCCCCCCCCCCCCCAACCCCCCUGUCCUGGGGGUCUGUGCCCCCUCCCCCCAAGGGGUGACACCUCGGGCCGGCGCUUGGCGGAAUUAAAGCCUCGCACUGUGCA